AUGUUCGGACGACUCAUUGGAUUAGGCAUGCUUUUAGUGGCAACCGCUGUUUACCUUUACUAUACGGCAUGGACUCUACUCAUGCCCUUUGUUGAUGAUGGCCACCCCCUCCAUGACCUCUUCCCACCACGUGUCUGGGCAAUCCGUAUCCCCGUUAUCCUGACGUUACUCGGUUCCGCGGUCGUGGGCUCAUUCCUUGGUGUUGUGAUGAUUCGAAGUAACCGGAAAAAAGCCGCUAAAGUAGCAUCGAAGAAGAAAGCGUGA